AUGCCACCCACCGCCCAGUACUGCCACCCACCGCCCAGUAUUGCCACCCGCUGCCCAGUACUGCCACCCGCCGCCCAGUACUGCCACCCGCCGCCAGUACUGCCACCCGCUGCCCAGUACUGCCACCCGCCGCCCAUCCUCAUGCCACCCGCCGCCCACCCUCAUGCCACCCACCGCCCAGUACUGCCACCCACCGCCCAGUACUGCCACCCGCUGCCCAGUACUGCCACCCGCCGCCCAUCCUCAUGCCACCCGCCGCCCACCCUCAUGCCACCCACCGCCCAGUACUGCCACCCACCGCCCAGUACUGCCACCACCGCCCAGACUCAUGCCACCCGCCGCCCAGUGCUGCCACCCGCCGCCAGUACUGCCACCCACCGCCCAGUACUGCCACCCACCGCCCAGACUCAUGCCACCCGCCGCCCAGUGCUGCCACCCGCCGCCCAGUACUGCCACCCACCGCCCAGACUCAUGCACCCGCCGCCCACCCUCAUGCCACCCGCCGCCCACCCUCAUGCCACCCACCGCCCAGUACUGCCACCCGCCGCCCACCCUCAUGCCACCCGCCGCCCACCCUCAUGCCACCCGCCGCCCAGUACUGCCACCCACCGCCCAGACUCAUGCCACCCGCCGCCCACCCUCAUGCCACCCACCGCCCAGUACUGCCACCCGCCGCCCACCCUCAUGCCACCCGCCGCCCACCCUCAUGCCAUCAUGUUGUCAACCAAAAUUCUCGUGAUUAUCACCAUCAGGAAAAACCGUGGAGGAGGGAAGAAGCGGCGGGGUUAUGAUCACGACAUACAAACUACUGAGCGGGUAGACACAUGA